CGCGAUCGGUCCCUCGCUCCCGCCGCUGACCAUUUGUAUCGUUUCCUCUCUCUCUCCCUCGUGCGGAUCGUCGGACUCCAUGGCUUCCUCCGCAUGCGCCGAGGGUUUAUCAGCCGCUGGACUCCUCUUCCAGGCGGCUUCCCUGGUUCCGACGGCGCACUACCUCGCCACCGCCCUCACCUUGCUCGCUGUCUUUCUCUACAAUUUCCUCGAGAUCCACCUCUUGGGCGACCUCCUUCGCGGGUUCCGGGGAGAUCUUGUGGCUCUAACCUUCGAUCCCAGGUCCAAGAUAUACGAGGGGGUCGUUUCAAAGUGUCGAAUCCUUCACGGGAGGUACUUGGUGACUCCGUGGCUCUCGAGCCCUCAUUUGCAAACAGUAUUCUUGAACUUUUUUGGGAGGCCACCAUCAGUUGCUUAUAGAAGGCAACUAUUUUCUUUGCAUGAUGGUGAGACCGUUGCAUUGGAUUGGUUGCUCACUUCUGAUGUUGUAGAUGUUGCUGGAGCAUCCUCUUUUACAGGCACCUCCAUUUCAAAAGACGACAUAACACCAAUUACAGUAGUGGUUCCAGGAUUGACAAGUGAUUCUUUUUCUCCUUAUCUAAGGCAUUGCUCUUACUCGAUUGCAAAACACGGGUGGCAUGCUGUUGUGAGCAAUCAUAGAGGCCUUGGAGGCAUCUCAAUUACCUCUGAUUGUUUCUACAAUGCUGGAUGGACACAAGAUGUCCGUGAAGUCAUCAACUAUCUUCAUCAAGAAUAUCCAAGAGCUCCUUUGUUUGCUGUUGGGACAAGCAUUGGUGCAAAUAUCUUGGUCAAGUAUCUUGGAGAAGAAGGGCAGAAUACACCUCUUGCUGGUGCUGCAUCUAUUUGCUCACCAUGGGAUCUAGUGGUGGGUGACAGGUUUAUUUCUCGUAAGCUUAUGCAACGGUUGUAUGACAAAGCCCUUGCAAUUGGUCUUAAAGGUUAUGCUCAAUUGCAUCAAUCUACAUUAACUCGUCUUGCUAAUUGGGAGGGUAUCAAAAAGUCACUUUCUGUCCGUGACUUUGAUAAUCAUGCUACUUGUCAUGUUGGGAGGUUUGAGACUGUAGAUGCCUACUAUCGGUGCUGUAGCAGUGUGAAUUUCAUUGGAAAUGUAGCUGUUCCAUUGUUGUGCAUUAGUGCAUUAGAUGACCCAGUCUGUACAACAGAAGCAAUUCCCUGGGAUGAAUGCAGGGCAAAUAAAAAUGUCAUAUUGGCAACUACGAGACAUGGUGGACAUCUUGCACAUUUUCAAGGGUUAACUGCAAAAAAUCUAUGGUGGGUUGGAGCGGUUGUUGAAUACCUCAAUGUCCUACAUUCAAGUCCAUUCAUGCAUCAACAGAAAAAGACACAAAACUGGGGCGUGCAUCAUUCCCUUGAGUCAGGCAUUGAUAAGGCUCCAUAUGUUAAUAUAAUGGAAGAUGGAAUGGUUGCUCCAAUGACUACUGAAGGAGCAGACCUCGUGACCAAAGAGGACUUGCAUGUUAAUGGAUUGUGCCACAACCCCAAUCCUCACGACAAAUGUGUCCUCGGUGUUGAAAAAUCAGAUGGAACAGAAAACAUUGACAUGGACCAUGAACCAGUGGAGCCAAUUCACAAAAAAGAGGUUGAAGGCAUUACUAAAACCAUCCAUGAUAUGACUGCUCCAGUGAAGAGAUCUCUAAAUCAGCUGUCUCGGCGGUAUGAUAUGUCCAGGUGGUUGUUAGCUUAUAUAGCCAUCGUCACAACUUGGCCUCUACUUGGCUCUGCACUUUCUUUUGUCUUCCGGAAAAAACUUACGGGCAUCCUCCCAUUACCAUGGCGUAGAAGAUAGGUUAUUUUUUUAUACUAUAUAAUUUUUUGGUUGCAAGUACUUGGUUGAAAUUGUAUUGUAAUUUACUUUAUUGGUUACACCAAUAAACAGCCUUCAAAGAAGGAUUUACCUGUAUCCAUCAUUUGACUAAAUCCUAUAUGAUUUCAUGAUGAGCAAA